CCCUGAGUUUUAGCUGGGAGAGAAGGAUCCGGUCCCGGGACAGAGGGCGCCUUGAAACGGAUUGUUCAGAAGUGACUGGAGCACAAAGAGAAAGUGAUCCGAAUCAGAACCUGGAGGAGAAAGCGGCGGGACCAGAUCCGAGAGCAAGGAUCCGAGGGGACCCCAUAGAUCUCCGCCCUGCAGGACUGAGCUCAGUGUGAUCCGCCAGCAGAGGUGACACCAGGAGCUCCUGGGAGGGGGAGGCAGGAGGAACACAAGCACAACUUUGUCUCAUCGCUGCAGAUCUGAUUAUCCCAGCAAGAACUGGCAGGAGACACGUGUGACUGCAGCUCUGGAUCCUACUCCUCUGGCUGUACCCCAGAACAGGUGAUACCUUCUCAGUUUUCUUCCUAAUCCUUAACCAUGCAGGGUGUGCCCAAAGCCACCCUUCUCCAAGUCCUCUGCCUGCUGCUCGCCUUGUGUUUAAUUGCCAAUGCACAGCUUCACGGGGAAAAGGGCAUCUCAGUGCCAGAGCAUGGCUUCUGCCAGCCUAUCUCCAUUCCUCUGUGCACAGACAUUGCAUAUAAUCAGACAAUCAUGCCCAAUCUUUUGGGACACACCAAUCAAGAAGAUGCUGGGCUGGAGGUUCAUCAGUUCUACCCCUUAGUAAAAGUCCAAUGUUCUUCAGAACUGCGGUUCUUCUUGUGCUCAAUGUAUGCCCCGGUCUGCACAGUGUUGGAGCAAGCCAUCCCUCCCUGCCGCUCUAUUUGUGAACGUGCAAGACAAGGUUGUGAAGCCCUCAUGAACAAGUUUGGUUUCCAGUGGCCAGAGAGGUUAAGGUGUGAAAACUUUCCACGCCAUGGUGCAGAGCAGAUCUGCGUUGGACAGAACCACUCGGAAGAUGGUGGUCCUACACUGUUGACUACUAGCCCACCGCUCCAUGGGACUAUUGGACCAGUCAUCUAUGCCACACCUGACCAUCCCUUCCAUUGCCCCAGGAUGUUGAAGGUACCAUCCUAUCUGAACUACAGAUUUCUAGGAGAGAAAGACUGUGCUGCUCCAUGUGAACCUUCUAAAAGUGAUGGUUUCAUGUUCUUCAGUCAAGAAGAGAUCCGCUUUGCCAGAGUAUGGAUUCUUAUUUGGUCAGUACUUUGCUGUGCAUCAACGUUUUUCACAGUGACCACUUACUUGGUAGAUAUGCAAAGGUUUCGCUAUCCUGAAAGACCCAUUAUUUUCUUGUCUGGAUGCUAUACCAUGGUGUCUGUGGCGUACAUUGCAGGCUUCGUGCUUGGUGACAAAGUUGUUUGCAACGAGGGAUUCUCAGAGGAUGGCUAUAAAACUGUCGUACAAGGUACCAAGAAGGAAGGGUGCACAAUUCUCUUCAUGAUGCUGUACUUUUUUAGCAUGGCUAGCUCCAUCUGGUGGGUCAUUCUUUCUUUAACAUGGUUCCUGGCUGCUGGCAUGAAGUGGGGACAUGAAGCAAUAGAAGCCAAUUCCCAGUACUUCCAUCUGGCAGCGUGGGCAGUACCAGCUGUAAAAACCAUAACCAUCCUGGCAAUGGGGCAGAUUGAUGGAGACCUUCUCAGUGGAGUUUGUUUUGUAGGACUAAAUAGCAUCGACCCACUGAGGGGAUUUGUGCUGGCUCCUCUCUUUGUCUACCUGUUUAUUGGAACUUCAUUUCUCCUUGCUGGUUUUGUAUCUCUCUUCAGAAUUAGGACCAUCAUGAAACACGAUGGCACGAAGACAGAGAAGCUGGAGCGGCUGAUGGUGCGGAUUGGGGUCUUCAGUGUUCUUUACACUGUACCUGCAACAAUUGUCAUUGCGUGCUACUUUUAUGAGCAGGCCUUUAGAGAGCACUGGGAGCGUAGUUGGGUGAGCCAGAACUGCAAGAGCCUAGCCAUCCCCUGCCCACUGCAAUACACCCCACGCAUGACCCCAGACUUUACAGUCUAUAUGAUAAAGUAUCUCAUGACUCUCAUCGUUGGCAUCACUUCUGGGUUCUGGAUCUGGUCAGGCAAAACUCUCCAUUCGUGGAGAAAGUUUUACACCAGGCUUACCAACAGCAAACAUGGAGAGACAACUGUGUGAGGACUGAGGUGUUCUGAAUGGGGCCUGGAACCAACUUGGACUAAACGUUCUCCAGAUUUUCCUUAAAAAAAUUGGCACUCCAUGCUAUGUAUGUAGAUCUCCAUGUGUUACCUUCAGGCACAUCUUUCUGGAGUUGUAAUUAAGACUGUAAAUAGAUUUUUUGUAAAUUAUAUAUUUCUAUUUAAAUAUAGGGUUAAAAUUGGAGAAGUACAGAAAGAUUCCAAGGGAUAAAAGAUCCUUCUCCUUCAUUUCUCAAACAUUUUCAUUGACUUGACUGUGCCUUGUGAGAAAUGGAGGUAUGGAGACUGCUGACUGUUUUGUUUGACUCUUCCUGGAUAUUAUAUGCAGUAUUUUUAUUAUAAUUUUUUUAUUUUGCCCUUCUAAACCAUGGAUUUGUACUAGUUUUCCUACAAGCCAACCAAAGAACUUUAGAGAUCAUCUUAGUAUAUGUGAGGGCAUCCAUUGGUACAUCAACACCUUUACACAGAUCCCUGUGCUGCUGUUGUAGUAUGUUGGUAUGACACAACUGGAUUAUUAAAGGGGGUUGAUUUUUCUAAUACAUUAUUUCUCUAUUUUUUGCCUGAAUUUCAACAUUUUUCCUUUUUAUUUUAGGUUUCUAUUUGUGUUUGUAUAGUACAAUUUAUAAGGGGGCAGACAGUCCAGUACACGUCUAGAUGAUACCAGUUGGCUGGAGACAAUUUGUUGAUAUUCAGGUGUUUUCAUGGUACAGAUAAGACAGCUGUCAAAUCUUAUUUCUAUGUGUGUUUCAAACAUGCAGAGGGACAUGUAAACCUUGCUCACUAUAUGGGGUUUCAGUACGAACCAGCAUUCCCUCCAUUCUGAAUACAUACUGAUGUGUUAUUAAAUAUGUUGAUUUUUAUUCAUUUUGAAAUUAAAAAUGACAAAAAAAUAUUUUUGUUAAGAACCA